UUGCUAUAAAACCGUUGCUAUAAAAUACUCAAUUUGCUAUAAAAAUAAAGGGAACGAAAGUACAAAUCUUUCUUUUCUUUAUAUUGCUCGAUUUGUGAAGAUCGUCAAAAUGCAAUUACACAUUCGUGGACAACAAACGCACGUCUUGGAAGUAAUUCCAGGCGAAACUAUUGAAAAUGUCAAGGCAAAAUUAGCAAUCCUUGAAAAUGUUAUGGAUGCUGACUUGACGCUCUCAUGUGAAGGAAAAAUCUUGGCUGAUGAAGACACUAUUUCAUCCCUUAGCAGCAUCGAAUUGGACCUUACAGUACCAAUGUUGGGAGGUAAAGUUCACGGUUCUUUAGCUCGUGCUGGUAAAGUUAAGGGUCAGACACCAAAAGUAGAGAAACAGGAAAAAAGAAAGAAGAAGACAGGUCGUGCAAAGAGACGUAUCCAAUUCAAUCGCCGAUUUGCAAAUGUUGUGCAAGGAUUCGGACGUCGUCGUGGACCAAAUGCUAAUUCAUCAUAAGAAUUUUUAAUUAAAUACCUGUAAAAUCAAACACAAAACAUUCUUAAUGUAUUUGAAAAUAAAGAGUAUGGAUAACAUCUUAACCAUAUAUAUUUCAAAUUGAAUUACU